AGAUUUACAGUUUCACCGGAAGCAACAACUCUUCAUCAUAUGACUGAAUUAACUGAAGAUUGAAAAUGUCAGACACAUCAGUUUCUCUUGGUGUUAUCCUUGGCUUUUGGGCUUUGAUUGGCAUUAUUUUGCCAAUUAUAGUUCAUUUUGUGAUGGCUAAAUCUCCUAAUCGAGGGUAAGGUUUUCUAUUUUAAAAUUUUAUAAAUCACUUGCUGCAUAAUAUAUAUUUACACUUUGAAGAAUACCACAACUCUCUCUAGUCUAGGCCAGGCCUUAAAUUAGAUCUUGGAAAACAUGUUCAGAAUAAAGUUACAGCUUUUAGAUCUAGUUAAUUAGAUAAGGCUUGAAAAAAAACCCAAUUCAUUGAUAGCAAAUGUAUGGUUGUAUGUCAAUUCUAAAGAAAGUUAUGAUUUUUUUUGGUGAAUAAUUUUUUUUUUACCUGGAACUCAAAAUCAAAUUAAAAUUAAGAUUCAUUGAAUAAUUCAUCACACAUUCUUUAGGUACUAUGAUUAAAAAACUAAAACUUUUGGUACAUUUUAAGGAUGAAUGCCACUAUUUUAUCGAAUUUCACGAAUGUAUCCCUAAAUCGAUCCCUAUGCCUAACCUGAACCCUAAAUCGAUCCCUCAACAAUCUAAACCCUAAUUCACUGCAACUAUAAUUAGUAUAAUAAUCUAGAUACUUCGAUGAAAGAAGGGAGACUACUAUUUUUUUUGUAUCGGAAAUGGGCGUCGGCGCAGAAAAAUCCGAGUUUUUAAUUUUCCGAUGUGUGUGUCUAUUUAUUAUUAAAUUAGUUCUUUCCACAUAUAUUUGAGUUCCGUUUCCGGCCUUAUAAUUUGGAAGACAUCUUGGCCUACAUUUCUAGCCAGCUAUUUUGCUUUUUUCAAUCGACCUUUAUUUUGAAAAUCUUUGGUAUAUAUAAGGCAUCUUCGCAUACAAAAUUUUUUGUGAAAUAAUAAGAUAAGGUCCUUUUUUAUUAAAUCUGUAUGAGCAUUAGAUAUUGAUCUAUAUCUGUGCCAAGUUUCAUUGAUGUAGGUCGUGUCCCACGUUUGUUACACUUGUCACAGUGACCCAUAUCACCAUUAGGUGGCUCAGCCUAAUUUCGACAUGGCUUGGGCCACGCCCCCUUUUUAAUGGCGGAAGUUGCCGAUACUUAGGAAAUAUUUAAUUAUUACCACUAUAUACAUCAAAAUAUUUUAUAUUUUGUGUUUCAGAAUGCAUUUUGAAGACAUUUAAACUGGAAAUGUUUUAAUUUGAGCUUUAAAAACCCUGCAGAGUCCAUAAUAUAAAUGAUCAGAAUUUUCCGUGUGCAACACGUUGUCAUUGGCAACCAUUCACAGCCACUUGCAUAACGGUUACGUUGUAGUACUAUCUCAGAGUUUCAUUCAUAAGAGUUUGCCGUGUGCAAAAACUAUUAAACCAUUGGUCAGGGAAAGCUUUAAUUAAUUAUUCAUGUGCCAAAGUUGAAAGUUUAAAAUAAGUCGACCCUAAACAGUAUUUUAGUGAUAAGGGAAUGCCUUGGCUUAUAUAAACUAUAUAGUCAUUGCGCAUGACGCGAUCAGUGGAAUGAGGUCACAGAAUGUGGAGAUGCAGUCCAUGUUAAAAAAUGACAAACCAAGUCGUACUUUAAAAAUUCAUAACUUUAAAACUACAACAGCUAAAAAUAUGAUUUUGGUGUUAUAAUUAUGUUUAAAAUUAGCUCUAUUCAACUGUGCCAUUGGUUUAUUUUUAAAAAAUGUUAACAUUUUUGACCAAAGUAUCUAAAUAAUCACACAAAAGACUCUGUGGCAUCCGUCCUUAAUUUUAGCCAAACUUUUUGUAAAAAUAAACCAAUAGCAUAGUCAUAGUUGAAUAGAGCUAAUUUUUUAAGAAUUAUAACACCAAUUUCAUAUUUUUAGCUGUUGUAGUUUUAAAUUUAUGAAUUUUUAAAGUACGACUUAAUAUUGUGACCAUUGUCAUAACAUGGACUGCAUCUCCACAUUCUGUGACCCAAUUCCGCUGUUUGCUUCAGAAGCUAUAUUACUCUUGUUUUAAUGAUAAUUUUAUUUUCAGGACUAAUGCGGUAUUAAAAAAUAAUUUUAAUAAUGUUAACAAUUAUAGACAAAUUGUAGCUUAUCUAACUAUGCACUAUUUAUGUCAGUAAAUUUAAUAUAAUUUAUUAAUAUAUGGCUUUUCUGUUUACCAAAUCUACGACGUCCGUUAUAAUUAUACCCAUAUAUGCUAUAUACUAUAUAGUCUAUAACUAUAAGUUUGAAGGCAACUCAUGCCCUACUAAAAUUAAAAUACUAUUUGGGAACUACAGUACUUAUUUUGAACUUUCAACUUUGCCACAUGACUUAAUAAAUUAAAGCUUUCCCUGACCUGGUUUGAUAGCCAUUAUGCAAGUUACUGAAUGCCGUCAUGACAUUUUGCACACAGCAAAUUAUUAUUAUUUAUAAUAUGGACUUUGCCGGGUUUUUAACCUCAAAUUAAAAUAGUAUUCUUUCAUUAACAUUUAAGUUCAUUCAAAAACAUAAGUUAUCAAAUAUUUUGAUCUUAGUAGUGUAAAUAAUUGAAUAUUUCCUAAAUAAUGGCUAAUGAAAGGGGGCAUGGCCACUUCCUUAUCAACAUUUAAAUUUUGCUGAGCUACAUUACCAUACAGCGGUUUACUCAAAUGAGCAUAACAAGUGAGAGACAUGUCCUAACUCAAUGAGAAUUGACACAAAUACACAUCAAUAGAUAAUACAGAAUAAGACUUUUUUUAAAAGACAUAAAAGUUGAACUUCUAUACGAAUUUUAUAGUGAAAGAUGCCUUAUAUUUAAAGGGGAGUCUCAAAAUACAGGUCAAUUGAAAAAGCAAAACAAAUCAAUUUUAAAUGUAGGCCAAGAUGUCUACCAAUAUAUAAGGCUGGAAAAAGAAUUCAAAUAUAUGUAGAAAGUACACAUUUAAUAACAAAUAGACACAAUCGGAAAAUUAAAAACUCUGAUUUUUCGGCGCCGAUUUCCAUUUCCGAUACACCAAAAGUAGUAGUCUCCCUUGUUUCAUCAAAGUACCUACAUUCUUCAAAGGUUCUCGUUUAAAUUAAAUGCCUUCUAAGUUAAUUACAAACACAAAUUAUCAAUUAUUUUGAUGGUAAUUGUAAUUGUUGAGUAUUUUGAUAAGUAUCUUCGACUUCUGCUAUUGUGAAAGGGGCGGCAUUCACGUCCAUGUGGAGUUUAAAAAUGACAACUCACCUCUAUGGCGUCUAUGGCCAUGACAUGGAUGCACAGGGAUUGAAAUUUAACUGUUAGGGGGGGGGGGUCGUAGCCUAAAAUGAGUGAUUGAUAAUUGAAUAUGAAUUAAUAAUGCAACAUCACCAGAAAAAUAAACUGACCACCAGUGAGUUUUCUAUAAAAUUUUAAUGUGGCAGGGUGGCCUUUGUGUAACCCCUUUUAUCUGAUAUUAGGAUGCAAUGUGGGUAAAAGGAGCACAUAGGCCAAGAUGUCCUCUUAAAGUGAAAUCGUGGAAGUUGGUGGCAAAUUUAACACAACUUAAAGGACUUAUCAUUGAUUUAAUUCAUAUAUAAAAAAUUAAACAUUCAGAUUGUUCUGUGCCAAAUAUGAUUGCCGAAACAAAUUUGGUAGUAGUCUCCCUUACUUUUCCAAAGUACCUUAAUGGCCAUGAUGAACAUUUUUUUUAACCUGAAAUUGACAUGGCAGGCUACUGGCAGUCUUGCAGGUCAUGGCUACCAGUGAACAGUCUUUUAAAAACUCAAGUACUACACAGUGGAAAGCAUUUUGUUACACUAUAUAUUAUAAUGUUUAAAAUUCAUUUUAAAUUUAUUGUAGCGAAUGUCACUAAUGGGGAGCAGUAUCCUACAUUUUUAACUUACUUUACAUGUAAUGAUCAAUACAUUUUUUAACAUGUCAAAACUUAUAUAAUUUCUUUCAUUGUUUCAGCAUAGUUCAGAUCUGUCUCAUCUUGACUGCAGUCUGUUGUUGCAUUUUGUGAGUUCUAUUAUAUUACAUAGCUAUUAUUUUGUAAUUCUCAAUUGGUUGGUAUCUACACAUAUAAUAUAAGCUUUAGACUUUAGUAGUAUCCAUUCUCAGACUUAAAGCCAUGAGAAUCAGAAGUAGAUUUGAAGGCAUUUUAGCCAAUAAUAAUAAAGCAUACUUAAGUUAUUUUGAGUAGUCAAAACAAGAAAUACAGGGUAUGCAAGUUAUCUUGAAGUAUCUAUUAAAACUUUAAAUAGAAUGCGGUUAUUAUUCUGAACACUAGCACUACCUUUAGGCUGAAUAUCAGCACAUUUCUUCUUUUUUUUAUUGAGAUUAUUUUCUUAAUUAGUGCAGUUUUAUAUGCUAUUCAAUUUAAAGUGUGAACAUCUGUGAAGGUUUUUAUGUUAUGUUAUUUUUAUCUCAAUUCUGUGUUGCUGCGGUUGAAUUAAAAAUUGCUAUACCUAUAUAUCUCUUUCCAUUUUUUUUUAUCAAUAAAAGAAUCUUAAAUUAUCAGUAAGCUAAACAAACACACUUUUUUUCAAUUUUUUUGGUUAUGGUAUUUAUUAUGUAAAUUUAAUUUAUACUUACAUAAAUGUUUUGUUGUUAAUUGAUGAAGGCAUGUGCCAAAAUGUUAAUUUGUGUAUUUUGUAAAAUUAUUAUUAAAGCUUAACACAUAUUAUUAUAUUGACACAAAUUGUUCGUGUCUAAUUAAUUCAUUUAAAAACUAAGUGACCACUCAAGCUCACUUUUUCUGUUCUCUUUCCUGUUACUGUUAAUCAUUUUGUCUUGAAAUGAAAAAUAAUAACAUAAAAUAUGAGGCUUGAUCCAUGCAGGUUGUCCAUGGUUUAAACUAUCCAAACUGAACUGCAUAUUUAUAAGGUAUUCUUCAUUAACUGCUUUGUAAUUUAAAAUAACCUUGGUAAAUUGAUUCCAGGUUUAAUAAAAUUACAUAUUUUUCAGCUGGAUAGUGACUUUCAUUGCACAACUGAAUCCACUGAUUGGUCCACAAUUACAUACUGGUCUUAUACGCAUGAUUCUGAUGGAAUGGUAUGAUGGUAAGUUCAGAAAAGAGUCUAUCGCUUGGUACAUAAUAUAGAUACUUUGUUUUAAGGGAAAUUUAGAAAUGGAUUUCUUUAGUUGAAUGUUGCAAAUACAAGUUCUUCUUUGUUUCUCUAAUUUAACCAUUUCAUUUUUACCUUCAUUACAGAAGAACCAUGGCCCAAAAAUCACUGAAAAGUCUGUAACUAACGAGGAUCUACUGUAACCAAAUUGCUGAAAUGUGUAGUUCAACUUUUAAUAUCAAAUAGUACUGGACCAGUGAUCUUUGCAUUUGUAACAUUUAACCAAAUUGUUUGGACCUUAUGUUGAAUUUUAAUUUAAGCUAAAAAAUAGUUUGUUUUUUUAAUAAGAAAUGCAAAUUGGGUUUAGUGUACAAAAUAUAUCUUUUUUUAGACAAUACUUUUUAAGGUUGAAAAAUGGAAGUUAGCCAUGACUUAUUCUAUCAUAUUUAAAGCAAUUUAAUGUAUCUGUAAGUAUUUCAUGAUUAAAUUGUUUACCAUGUAAGACCUUGUCCAUCUUUUACUGAUUAAUUUAAGCCGGACCCAACCGUUAUAAGUUUAGGCUCCUACUCCUAGAUUACCCUGUAACCAGGUUUAUAUAUUUUUUAAUUCAAUUUUUUUUUUUACUCCUGUACAUUUGACAUUCCAAUUUCAUCAGUUUUGAAUAUUCAGAUUGAAACUCAGCAGCAAUUAAUAGUUUUAUUAAUUAAGGAUGCUUGAACAUCAGAGGAAAUUACUUUUAAACUACUUUAGGUCACAGAAAAAUAAUGUAAACCUAAAUUUAAAAAAAAUUGAAGCCUCAUAAUGUAGUUAUGACUACGCUGUUUUUGCUGACACAGGAUGAUUUUUAAUCUAAAUGUUUUAUUAUUUUGAUCUAUUACCAUGAGUUAAUUUAUUGAGUUUUUGUAGUAGUAGAUGUAAACCUUAAUACUUGGAGAUGUUUUUUUAAAAUUUUGAUUUGGUGAAAGUGUCAAUCUGUUUGAGUGUAAAGUUUACAUGAUCUUAACCCUAAAUGUAAUUAUUUCAUUGUGUAAAUAUUUUCAUUUAAUGUAUAGUAUAUGCCCUUUAGACGGGUUCUCAUUUGUGAUAAUAAACAAGAGGUAACUUAAUUGUUUUAUGUGGUUGUCUUUAAAAAUCUUUGAUCAGCUUGAUUAUUUUUUUAUCUUUAGGGGAGGGGGGGGGCGCGACUCCUUUGCGUUGUGCACUUGUAUAGCUUAUACAGAGCUUGAAAUGCACAGACCUUAUUAUGAAAUCUUAAAUUUAAAAUUAUGCUUUAGGAGUGAAACCCAACUACAGAACCAAGGUGUUUAAUUUACUACCACGGCAUAUUUUGACAAGCAAUUGGAAUUUAACUAAAAUUGGUAAACUAGCUUUUUUUUUUAUAGGGUAUUGUAAUAAAAUAAUUAAAUCAGCCUAUUGGGCAGUGGAGCUUAAAGGUUUUAGUGAAAUUUACAGAGGAUCUAUGAAUAAUUUCUUUUAGGAUAUGGAGUUACAUGGCAGAUUGUCAAUCUUUUCUCUUUGAUUUAAAUAUAAAUAUGGUACAACCAAGUAUUUUGUCUGAAUGCCUGCCAUAGAUCUUAAAAUUCAAUGAAAAAACAAAACAUUGGAAUAAUUCAGUAAACUUUAAUUGUCUGUAUAUGUGGAAUUUUUACAUUUAUAAAUUGGAAUACACUCACUUUAAACUUUAAGUGGUAUCUAUUCCUUUAGGCUAUGACACAGUGGGAUAGCUUUCAAUCCUUCCACUUACAAGUGUGUAGUUAUUAUUAUACCGGUACAUUAUAAAAUACAAAGGUUAUGUUAUAAAUACCACGAAAUUACAAUUACACAAUUGUUUAUAAUAAUGAAGUGUAUAAUCUAUGGACUAAAAUUUCAAGCCAUCAAUACAUUUACAAUAAUUAAUAAUUUUUGAUUUUGAAUAAUUAAUUUAAAUAAAUGGAAAUAAAAAAGGAUUCUGUUACUGUUAUUCAAUUAAAAUGGUUAAAAAAACAAAACAAAAAAUUCUUAGAUCCUGUUAAACUGUAACAUUGUUUCUUAGCAUGUGAUUGCUAUUU